AUGUGUAUCAGUUCCAGGAGGCCGGCCUGUUCUCGGGGGGCAAAAUACAUCCACAAGGUGCCAGCCUCUGCCGCUGAUGGUCUCAAGUCCCCUUUGAUGGGCAUGCUAGAGAAGCCUCGAUUCAUCAACUUUGCUCAGUUCAUCAUGGGCUGGGAGGAUGACAAGCCUGCCACACACCAAGACAUUGACCCCAGGCGCCACACCAUGGCGCAGGUGUACCAGAAGUUUGGUCUCCAAGAGUCAACCAUCGACUUCAUUGGCCAUGCUGUGGCCCUGUGGCCAAAUGACAAUUACCUGAACGGACCCUGUGGUCCAACUAUUCAGAAGUGCAGGCUAUACCUGCAAUCAGUCCUGCAGUAUGGAGGUUCGCCCUUCAUCUACCCGAUCUACGGCUUGGGUGGUUUGCCCGAGGGCUUCUCUCGACUGGCAGCCAUUCACAGGGGAACUUACAUGUUGAACAAGUCUGUUGAUGGAUUUGUCUAUGACGAACAGGGCCGCGUGUGUGGUGUCCGGUCAGGGGAUGAGGUCGCAAAGUGCAAAAUGGUGAUUUGCGAUCCUUCCUAUGCCGAGCCGACCAGGACCGAGGUUAGGGGCCAGGUGAUCCGUGCCAUUUGCAUUCUUGGUGCUCCCAUCCCGGAGACGAAGAACCAGGAGGGCAAGCCUGCCCUGUCAUGCCAAAUCAUCUUGCCUCAAAAGCAGUUAAAGCGAAAGAACGAUGUUUAUGUCAUGAUGGUUUCGUGGGCGCACUCCAUUGCUGCAAAGGACAAAUAUGUCGCCAUCGUCAGCACUGUUGUAGAGACUCCAAAUCCAGAGAAAGAGAUUGAGCCUGCUCUGAAGCUGUUGGGCCCCAUCCAGUACAAGUUUGUGCAGAUCAGUGAAAUUCGGGAUCCAGUCACUGACGGCGCCGCUGACGGUGUUUUCGUGACAGCCAGCUAUGAUCCAUCCUCCCACUUUGAAGAUGCCUCCACCGAAGUGCUUGCUUUGUGGAAAAAGAUCACUGGAGAGAGCUUGGAUUUGACCGUGUUGCCUGAGGAUGAGGACCCUUAG